AUGGAGCUUCCAAGAGUGAGAAGGUUUGUCCGUUCAAUGAAACAUAAUAUUCCGGUCGGCUGGCGUAAGCAUCAUGUCGUUUCCCGUCGUGCCGUUCAUGUAAGGAAACCUAAGUCUGAAGAGCACAAGGAUCAGAGGAUUCACAAGUCGUUGGAGAAUAAGAAGAUGAGCAGCAAAGGGGAUGUCAUUCCUUUUCCUUCAUGUCCAUCUAACCAGAAACCGUCCUGCACCACAGUGAUGAUCAAGAAUAUUCCCAACCAGUUCCGGAGAACUGCCUUGGUGAACAUACUGAGAAGCCACUGCAGGAAUGAAAACAAAAAGUCUGAGUACAAAUCUGCGUUCGAUUUUGUGUAUUUGCCAAUGGAUUUCCAGAAAUACUGGGAGAAGAAGAAGGUUACAAAUCUGGGUUAUGCAUUUGUCAACUUCACCAGUCAUGUUGCUGCUGUGAGGUUCCAUCGUUACUAUCACAACCGAGCGUGGAAUGUGAAGCUGAACAAUAAAGUUUGUGAAAUCACUUGUGCUAAGAUCCAGGGAAAACAAGCUCUUAUGAGGCAAUUUGAGAACAGUGUAUUCUGGUGCCACACUGAUAUGUAUUUGCCAGCGGUUUUGGAACCGGCCUGUGAUGGUGAGUCACUGCCGGAGCUCAUCAACAUUGGAUGCCGUGUAUGUGCACCUUCUAGGAGACCCAGAGUGAAGAAGUGA